GGAGCACUACUUCUUGUUCUUUGCACAAAGAAAGCGAAAAAAAGCUUUCGGUGUCCUCACUGUACUCUUCUCUUCCCUCUCUAUCUCUCUCCAAAUCUUUUUCCUAUAUUUUUCAUUUUUUUCCCUCCAUUUUCUCUCUGUUUCUUUCUCAGAAUUCCAGGAAAGUCUCCGGCCAAACAACCAGCAGUUUCGAAUACUGGCUCUUGAUUUCGUCACUCUUCAAUGCCUUGAAACUUUUCGUUUAAAAUAUUCUGUGUAGAGCAUUUCAGUACUAGACUUCAUUCUCGAUCUCUCUGUCAAUUUGAUUGAAAUGGAUGCGGUUGAUUUUGACAACGUGAAGGCAGAGAAAGCGAACGCGAUGAGGAGGUAUAACCGCCUACAAAGCAUCGCGAGGCUUUUCCGCUUGGCAGAAGUGUGUCUUGCUCUGGUGUUCCUCUCGUGGACCUGCACUCGACUACCGUUCGUCGUCAAGAUCUCCGGAGAGUUUAUCCGCCGACUCGCCGGCAUCGUCUCCAAUCCUCUCUUCGUGUUCGUUAUCUGUAACGGCAUAAUCGCUGCGCUCAUCGCGAACUCCGGGAGAUUCUCUGGCGAGAACAACGCUGCGGGAGACGCCGACAGCAGUCUCUACGAUGAGUUUGUCAGAAACAACGAGAAUCGCGCGAAGCCGUUAGGCGAAGAUGCUCCCCGGGAGGAGAUAGUGUACGAGGACAAGCAGGUGAUUUUUUCACAGCCAAAUGCGAUUUCUCCUGCGUGCGAAAGCCACUCCAAUCGUGACGUCAGUACAGUUUCCGAUUCGGAUCCGGAAGUCGAAUCACAGAACCGGAGAGUUUACCGGAGGAGUAAGUCGGAGAAGUUGGCGAGAGAGAAAUCGGAAGGAGGCAUUCUUCGGCGAUCGGAGACAGAGAAGUUCCAGGAAAGAGAGAAUCUCGGCGAGAAAAUCCAAGCUAGGGGAUUGUAUCCAGAAGAUGAAUUGAGCAACGAGGAGUUCCAACGAACGAUCGAAGAGUUCAUUGCAAAGCAGUUGAAGUUUCGUCGGCAAGAGUCCCUUAGUGUCGUUCUUCAAAGCCAGACUUGAAGGUGAAUUCUCGUUUAACUCCGAAUUCCAAACAGAAAAAGAAAAAAUUAAAAGAGACCGUGAAGUAAAGAAGGUCGUCUCUUGCUUCCUUCUUCUUCUUCUUCUUCCACUCCUUGCACUGUUGGUGGCUAUUGGUUAACGCUAUGCACAGUGUUGAUCUGUCAUGAACAUGGAAUAGAGUAAAAAGAUUGGCUAUGCAUUUACCUCCUUUUUUUGCGUGUAAAAUUAAAUUUAGGCGAACUUAUCGGUGGCAUGGUUCCUCUGAAGUUUUACUUUCACGGAGAAGGUAAUUUUACUUUUAUCAAGGAGAUGAUUCGAAAAAACCCAGUAACUUAAUUCUCGUAAUGUAAAAAGAAUUUGGAA